AUGCAGCUGAGGUCGCCUUCGCCGGACCGUCCAUUGCCGGACCUUCCACCUUUACCUCCCUUGCCGGGUCAAAACGGUCAAGACGACCAAGACCUUUCGGAUGAGGUGGACGAGGAAUACGAGGAUCAAAGUGAUCAAACUUUGGAAACCUCACCAUCUGCGCGGCCUUUGCCGCCUUUGUUUGCGGGAAGAACAAGGGCUGAAGCAAGGGAGGAUAUGGAGGAUGCCAAUGACAAUGGCUACGACACCUACGACAGCUACGACGGCCACGACGGCUACGAUAACAUGGGGGACGUGCAGCUGAAGGACGUAGAACCGCAGCAGGAGGCCGUACCAGUGAAGCUACUGGGACCAACGGCCAAAGCCUUCGUACAAGAUAGCAGCCGGCGAGAGAAGUCCAGGGAAUUCUACAUGCUUCAGCCUGAGGAUGAUGGACCAAGACCGUUGAGUUGGGAGGAGGCGCGCAUCGACUUCUUGCCAGUUGGGGAAACAGUCCGUGGAGUCGUAGAAGAAAUCAGGCCCUACGGCAGCUUCAUUGGUUUGGUGGUUUGCGGAAUGGCCGUGGGACGAUUUGGAGAGGACUCACAAAUACGAGGCUUUUGCGAAGAAUUGCAGCUUACUGAUGGCUGGGUCUCUCCGCAGGUUGGACAGCAAGUGGCCGUGAAAAUCCUCUCCAUCGAUGAGAUGAAGCGGGUUCACCUUUCCAUCAGCCAGGCAACACCUCCGUGGCCUCCUCGCGAGGAACGUGUCCUGCACUCGCCAGAGAAGUAUGAAGAUCCGAGUUUCUUUCCUCUUCCCUAG